AUGUCGGUAGUUAGUCCAACGGCGCUAUGGACCGAAACCGCAGAACCAUUACCAUCACCCCCUGCCUCUGAAUUUCUCAAUAUCGAAGCAAUCGAAACCAUUCGUUCGCGUCCGGAUCUCUUUCGUGUUGAUACUCCGAUCAACGUCGAUGUCUUUCAAUCUAUGUUGGAGAAUGCAGGCCACCCGAAUCCUAACUUCUACCACUCUGUGUGCGCUGGUCUAUGCCAAGGGUUCUGGCCUUGGGCAGACACGCAUUACGGGGAAUAUCCCUCCACGUGGGAGGAAUCUACUCCCAUUCCUUCUGUUCCUCAAGAGCGGGAAUUUCUACACGAACAAAUCGAAAAGGAGGUUCGCGUUGGGCGAUACUCAUCAGACUUCGGUCCGGGGUUGCUACCUGGGAUGUACUCUAUGCCCAUACACGCAGUACCGAAAGAUGGAGGAAAGUAUCGACUCGUUACCAACCAUAGCGCAGGUUCUUUUUCUCUCAACUCCAUGAUCGCUAAGGCAGAUAUCGCUGGAGUUACGUUGGACAACGUCCAGCAUCUAGGUAAUGCGCUACGA